AUGGAGGUCCUCGAUUCUCGAACUUCGUCCCAUCCUGAAUUUUCGGCUCAAUGUCACGUUUUAGAUGCCCACCUCGAAGAUGCUUGUUGGACUCAUAAUAACGACUGGGGAAAGGUUCGCAAAAGCACGAAGGGAUUGGAAAAACCGAACGAAGGGCAGAAGAGCAUUGACUGCGAAUCUGUUACCUUUCGAUUGGCGCUAUUCAAUGCAUAUGCUUUGGCCAACGAAAUAAUCUCACACAAUCCCCAACCCGCUGCCUACGGUACUCCGCCACCGCCAUAUACCGACGUGCACGAUGACUUACCACCUGCAUAUUCGGCUCUUCCAACCUUGGCUGAAGCGAAGCUAUUCGUCAACAAAUCCGCUCCUUCAUCCAAGAAUGCCACCCAAUCUCAAGGUGCAAAGUCGAAACCCACAUCGUUGAUUGACUUUGAGAGCACGCACGGAUUUCGUCAGCAUGGAAAGAAACAGAAAGCAAAAUUGGCUGCCAAAAAGGUUGUGAGUGGCUCAUCUGGUGAUGGCGGCGAUAGUGGAAAGAAAAACGACAAGACAACAGACCCUCCAGGUGGAAGCGGUGUCGGAGGAAGUGCAGGUGGUGAUGACGACGGUGACAAUGGUGACAAAAAUGACGAUGGCUGGGGCGAAGCCACAAGUAGCAGCAAAAAGAAAAAGUCCAAGAAGCAGCAAGAGGAAGAGGAAGAGGAAGAACGGAAGAAAAAGGAGGCAGAGGAGGCUGCGGCUGCUGGUACGGCCACUAAUAAUCUCAGCUGGGCAGAUGAUUUGGACAACAACAAUGAUGAUAGUUGGGCUGGUUUAACAUCUGUGGUCAAGAAAGAUAGCAAGAAAAAGAGUUCGCUUGACCCGACAUCCGCUGCAUUCGGAGAACCUGCCGGAAACUCGUUUCAGGAAAUCAACCUGGACGAUUCCGCACCGCAACUGGAUCUUAGCUUCGAACCCACCAAAGGGGCAUCUGGAGGUUACGGCUUCGGAGGUUGGGGAAAAGACUGGAAUACUGGUAGCAAAUGGGGAUUUGGCUCGAUUGGCAACGAAGCAAAGGAACCACCAGUCAAAAAUGAGAGUCCUUGGGGUUUGAGUGAGUCUAAGAAGACCAAAAAGGCGACGGGAUCUCUCGGCUUCGACUUCGGCGACUUGGGCACGUCAACAGGAGAUAUUGGUACUUCUAAGGAGGUCAAAGAUGAAGACGAUACCUGGGGUGCUUUCACUGCUGUCGGUAAGAAUAGCAAGAAGAAGAAGGACAGUAUCUCCGAGGAACCUCCUGCUGCCGAUGAUUGGGGUCCAUGGGGUGUAAAGAAGACUUCAAAAAAGGAAGAACUGGCACCUGAGCCGAAGACGGGGCAGACUGAGGAUGUAUGGGCAGCCUGGGCGAACAAGGACAAGAAGAAGAGUACUCCUUCAAGCGCAGCUAAGAAGACCGAAACCGACGAUAUUUGGGCCGCAUUCAAGAAAGACAGCAAAGCGGAUAUUAUCGACUUGGACUUCCCCAAAGAGACUGCCCUAGCACCCGAUCCUGAGCCAGUCAUCGACAAUGUCUGGGCGGUGCCGGUUAAGAAAGAUAAGAAGAAGGCAGGCAAAAAGGAGGCUGAACCAGAGCCGGUACAGUCCAAGACCGAAGAUGUCUGGGCUUCCUUUGAGACCGAUAUGAAGAAGGAACCUGAAGAGGAAUCUAGUUGGAGUUGGGGCCUCGGUGGCAAGAAAAAAGACAAAUCCAAAGGUCUUAUUGAAGAUCUAAGCUCCUCGUCGCAAGUCAAUAGCACAGCUGCACCGCCGGAAAAAGAUUGGCUUAGCGCCUGGGGAAUUGGGGGUAAAAAGAAGGAGGUUGUACCGGAGCCAGAGCCAGAGCCGGUUCCUGAAGUUGAGAAGCCGAAAAAUCACGAAUUUUGGGAUGGUUGGGAUACCUGGACUCCCUUGCAACGCAAAAAGAAGGAAAAAGAAGCUGUCAAGAAGGGAAUACCGGCUCGUAUAGAAAUACCUCAACCAGUAGUCGAACCAGAACCGAAACUUGUUGAACCAGAACCUACGCCUGCUCCACGCAAAAACCAUGAAUUUUGGGACGGUUGGCAAAGUUGGGGUCCAGUGACAAAACGGAAGAAGGAGCGAGAGGCUGUGAAACUGGGUAUCCCUCCGUUGAUCGAAGAUAUUGCACCAGAACCUGAACCGGAGCCUCAACCCGAACCUGAACCAGAGCCUGCCCCGGAGCCACCUAAGAACCAUGAAUUUUGGGAUGGCUGGCAGAGUUGGGGUCCGGUGACAAAACGGAAGAAGGAGCGAGAAGCUGUGAAGCUAGGCAUCCCCCCGUUGAACGAAAAUAUCGCGCCAGAACCAGAGCCUCAACCCGAACUUGCACCUGAACCAGAGCCUGUCCCAGAGCCACCCAAGAAUCAUGAAUUUUGGGACGGCUGGCAGACUUGGGGUCCAGUGACGAAAAGGAAGAAGGAGCGAGAAGCUGUGAAGCUAGGUAUCCCCCCGUUGAACGAAAAUAUCGCACCACAGCCGGAACCUGAGCCUCAACCCGAACCUGCACCUGAGCCGGAGCCCGCCCCAAAGCCCCCUAAGAAUCAUGAAUUUUGGGACGGCUGGCAGACUUGGGGUCCAGUGACAAAAAGGAAGAAGGAGCGAGAGGCUGUGAAGCUGGGUAUUCCCCCGUUGAAUGAAAAUAUCACGCCAGAACCCGAACCUGAGCCUCAACCCGUACCUGAACCGGAGCCUAUUCCAGAGCCACCCAAGAAUCAUGAAUUUUGGAACGGUUGGCAAGACUGGACUCCAUCAGCGCGCAAGAAGAAGGAGAAAGAAGCGAUAAAAAAGGGUAUUCCCCCGCUGAUUGAAGACAUUGCUCCUGAACCCGAGCCCGAACCCGAACCUGAACCUGAACCUGAGCCCGAGCCCGAGCCCGUUCCGGAAGCACCAAGAAAUCAUGAGUUUUGGGAUGGCUGGCAAGACUGGACUCCAUCAGUUCGCAAAAAGAAAGAAAAAGAAGCAGUACGAAAAGGAAUUCCUCCACUGAUUGAAGAGGUUGUUGUCCCGGAGCCUGAACCCGAACCAGAACCGGAGCCUGAACCCGAACCAGAACCGGAACCAGAACCAGAACCAGAGCCUAUCCCCGAGCAACCCAAAAAUCAUGAAUUUUGGGAUGGCUGGCAAGGUUGGUCCACUUCUAUGCGCAAGAAGAAAGAAAAGGAAGCAGUCAGAAAGGGUAUUCCCCCUCUAAUUGAAGAUAUCCCGGAGCCUGAGCCUGAACCUGAGCCGGAACCGGAACCGGAACCAGAACCAGAACCAGAGCCACCUAAGAAUCAUGAAUUUUGGGAUGGCUGGCAAGACUGGACUCCAUCAGUACUCAAAAAGAAAGAAAAAGAAGCGGUGCGAAAAGGCAUUCCUCCACUGAUUGAAGAGGUUGUUGUCCCGGAGCCUGAACCGGAGCCAGAGCCAGAGCCAGCACCACCACCAAAAAACCACGAGUUCUGGGACGGUUGGCAAGACUGGAGUUCAUCACAGCGCAAGAAGAAGGAAAAGGAGGCAGUUAAGAAAGGCAUUCCCCUGCUAAUCGUGGAUAUUGCGCCGGAGCCUGUAGUCGAGCCAGAGCCGGAGCCAGAUCCGGAGCCAGAACCAGAGCCAGCGCCGCCACCACCACCAAAAAAUCAUGAGUUCUGGGAUGACUGGGAUUCAUGGACGCCUCUUCAACGGAAGAAAAAGGAGAAGGAAGCGAUAAAAAAGAAUAUCCCACCAAGGCAGGAGAUUGUGGAGCCUGAGCCUAUCCCUGAGCCAGAACCAGAGCCCGAGCCUGAACAACCUAGGAAUCAUGAAUUUUGGACUGGUUGGCAGGAUUGGAGUUCUAAGGAUCGCAAGAAGAAGGAGAAGGAAGCCAAGUUGAAAGGCAUCCCAGAUUUACAGGAAGAUCUACCGUCUGCGCUUGAACCCGUACCCGAACCCGAACCCGAACUUGAACCAGAGCCUGCAGCUGAACCGGAGCCUGAACCUGAACUUGAACAACCCAGGAACCAUGAAUUCUGGACUGGUUGGGAACUUUGGUCCACCAAGGAGCGUAUAAGGAAAAAGAAAGAGGCCAAACUCAAGGGCAUUCCCCCAUUACAAGAAGAUUUACCGCCUGCACUUGAUCCUGCUGCUGAGCCCGAACCAGAACCGGAAAUUGUACCGGAACCAGAACCUGAGCCCGAACCAGAACAACCCAGGAAUCAUGAAUUUUGGACUGGUUGGGAACUUUGGUCUACCAAGGAGCGUAUAAGGAAGAAGAAAGAGGCCAAACUCAAGGGCAUUCCCCCAUUACAAGAGGACCUACCGCCUGCACUUGAUCUUGCUGCUGAACCUGAACCCGAGCCGGAGCCGGAGCCCGAACCAGAACCUGAACCCGAGCCCGAGCCAGAGCCAAGAAACCAUGCAUUUUGGAAUGGAUGGGAGAAUUGGAGUGGUAAGGAGCGCAAGAAAAAGGAGAAAGAGGCCAAGGCAAGUGGUAUACCACCACUAGAUGUGAAUCUCAAGCCUGCUCUUGACCCCGAACCUGAGCCAGAGCCUGAACUUGAGCCUGAACCUGAACCUGAACCUGAGCCCGAGCCUAUACUGGAGCCACCAAAAAACCAUGAGUUCUGGGAUGAAUGGGAAAAUUGGAAUUCCAAAGAGCGAAAGAGAAAGGAGAAGGAGGCAAAAGCAAAAGGCAUUCCACCUCGACAGGAGCUCCCUGCCAUUGAGAUUCCUCCUGAAGCCCCUGAAGUUCCACAGAUUUCCGCCUGUGAGCCAGCUGUAGUAGAGGAACAUAAGGACGAUUACUGGGCCGACCUAAACAACUGGUCACUUAGUGAACGCAAGCCAAAACAGAAGGAAACAAAAAAGAAAGGAAUUUUAAUGCCUGAAGAGGAUCUAGCUCCACCUCCUCCAGCACCCACACCUCCAGCACAGGGCUUAACGCCAGAACCAAACUUAGACGAUCUUUUGGAUGACGACACAUGGGGGGGGUUUGCUUCAAGGUCUUCGAAGGCUAAAAAAGCAGCACCAGUAGAAGAAACUCCUGCGAAAGCAGUCAGAGGAUUCUGGGCUUCUUUCAGCUCAUCUGCAACUACCAAGACCAAGUCAAAGGAAGAGAAACCCAGAGGGGGCGAAGACCUGUUAAUUGACAUGGAUGAAGUUGCUGAAGCGCCAUCCGCUCCUCUAGUGGACGAUAUAGCCGCGUCAGCCGCUCCCCCGCCCAAAGCCACGUCAAAGGCAACCAAGCCUGGAAGACUUUCAGUAGCUGAGCGUAUCGAGGCUCUUGAGAGAUCAAAACGAGAAAAAUCAAAGGAAAAAGCCAGAGAAAAGGAAGCGCCAAAUCAUAUUAUCGACGAUUUCCUUGUCGACGAUGCGGGUUACGGCAAACAAAGACUAACCAAGUCGUCAUCGAGCAAGAAGGCCAUUCCCGAAGAAACACCUCCAGAGCCAGUAGAAGAAGAGAUCUCACACGAGUCAAUACCCGGCAGCUUCCCUGAACCCGAACCUGAAGAACCUGAGCCUGAGCCUGAGCCUGAGCCUGAACCUGAACCUGAACCUGAACCUGCACCAGCACCAGAAGCACCGAAAAACCAUAAGUUCUGGGACGGAUGGCAAGAAUGGAGUCCUUCGGUGCGUAGGAAGAAAGAAAAGGAAGCAAUCAAGAAAGGAAUACCUCCAUUGAUCGAAAUUAUUGUUCCCGAGCCUGAACCGGAGCCGGAGCCCGAACCAGUACCAGAAGCACCCAAGAACCACGAAUUCUGGAAUGGAUGGCAAGACUGGACGCCUUCAGCGCGUAGGAAGAAAGAGAAGGAAGCAAUCAAGAAAGGCAUCCCUUCGCUGAUUGAGGAUAUUGCUCCUGAACCUGAACCCGAGCCCGAGCCUGUUGAACCUGAACCUGAGCCCGAGCCUGAACCAGUACCAGAAGCACCGAAAAACCACAAGUUCUGGGACGGAUGGCAAGACUGGACACCUUCAGCACGUAGGAAGAAAGAGAAGGAAGCAAUCAAGAAAGGCAUCCCUUCGCUGAUUGAGGAUAUUGCUCCUGAACCUGAACCCGAAGCCGAGCCUGUUGAACCUGAACCUGAGCCUGAACCAGAAGCACCGAAAAACCAUAAGUUCUGGGACGGAUGGCAAGACUGGACGCCUUCGGCACGUAGGAAGAAAGAGAAGGAAGCAAUCAAGAAAGGCAUCCCUUCGCUGAUUGAGGAUAUUGCUCCUGAACCUGAACCCGAAGCCGAGCCUGUUGAACCUGAACCUGAGCCUGAACCAGAAGCACCGAAAAACCAUAAGUUCUGGGACGGAUGGCAAGACUGGACGCCUUCGGCACGUAGGAAGAAAGAGAAGGAAGCAAUCAAGAAAGGCAUCCCUUCGCUGAUUGAGGAUAUUGCUCCUGAGCCCGAGCCUGUUGAACCUGAACCUGAACCUGAACCUGAGCCAGCCCCACCACCACCUGAACCUUCCAAAAAGAGCAAGAAGUCUUCUAGCACCAAGAAAUCAUCUACUCCGGCAAAGACAUCGAUAAAGGCAUCGAAGCGUGAAUCCUUGGUUAGGUCAAUGGAUGAGGAACCUGUGGUAGAGCCUCCUGCUGCUCAGGAGGCAGCUGCUGAAGAGUCGACCUCAGAAGAAGUUCCUCCUAAACCUCCAACUCCACCACCUGAACCCACUACAGAAUCGUCAAAGAAGGAACGGACAAAGGUUGAACGCACAGCAGGUGCGUCCUCGUGGGGUUUCUGGGGAGCCGCGCCGCCGCCUAAGAAGCCUGCAAAGAAGGUCGAUCAGUCAGCCCCUGUGAAAGAAGAGCGCCCGAAGGUAGCUCUGACGAAGUCUGACGCAACGGCACGUCGCAGGGUACGGGAAUCAGACAAUGAGGAUAUGGAAAGGUCAUCGACAGACAAAGACAGACGAUCUGACUCCAAACGCCAGAGUCGAUCCAUGGGAAUUUCUAAUUUCAUCCUAGCGGGACCGCCGCCUUCUAGAAAUAAAUCAGUUAGAAGACCUGAUGUUCAAUCACGUCCCACUUCGCGUCGCCCGUCAGUCGAUAUGGGCGAUACUGGUCUUCCUUCUCCACCUCCUGACGACAAGCCCGAGAUCUCCGACAAAGCAGCCAAGUUGAUGGGCAUCAAGACUUCGUCGUCGAGGAGAGAUGGUGGUGAACGAAAGAAGAGACGUAGUGUUCGUGAUCCCUACGCGCUUGAUGUGGGUGAGGAUACCGUUAUGGUGAAUGCAGAAGCGGAAGGCGAAGUUUCCGAGAAAAUCAGGAGGAGCAAGUCAAAGCCUAAGAGAAUGUCCGAAGCGCGACAGGUUGAGGAGGAACCUGUGAUUGUUGAAGCAGAGCAAAGCCCUCCAAGUGCAGAUGUAGUUUCUGGUCCAGAUGAUAUUGCUUUUGUGGAAGCCCCCUCUAGAGAGUCCAAGGAGCGGCGAUCUCGAAGAUCUGCUCCUGCUCCUGCAGUAAAGAAGCCUGAAGCUGGCGGCUUGAUGGGCCUGUUUGGUUCUUUGAGAAAGCCAACCAGACAAGAACCCGAACGCAGGAAGUCACGACCUCGACGCGAUGAGAUGACGGAGACUGAGCGUGAUGAAAAACGCGUGAAACGUGAACGGCGACGAUCUGUCAAGCCAGAGACCGAUGCCGAAGGGUUCACCACUGAUGCUGGCCCUGUGAACGUUGACACGGAGGUCGAUGAUAUGGAAGCGAUGAGGGCCGAGCGUAGAGCGCGUCGGCGUGCAGCUGAGCAGAAAGCGCGCGAAGUGGAGAUUCGAGAAGCUGAAGAGCGACGGGCUCGCCGAGAAAGACAGCGUGAGCAACGGGAGAGAGAGCUUCGAGAAGAAAUGGAGCGCGAGGCACAACGACGUGAGGAGAAGCUAGCAAGGCGUGCAGCUCGCGAAGAGCGACGUGCUAGAGAGGAGCAAGAAGCGAGAGAAGCUCAAAUGCGUGCCGAAGCCAAAGCAGCUGAGCGGCGAGAACGGAGGCGAACACGAGAACCUGUUGAAAUGAGUGGAGGAUUAUCCAGACAUGCUUCGAAGGCUGAUAGACGCCGUUCAGAGCGACGAUCAGAGGACGAAUACGCAAGAUAUCGCGAUGAGCGUCCGCGAGUUGACCGGCGCAAAACUGCCCCAGGCCCCGCUGAACCCCCACGUGGGUAUGGCAUGCCUGGGAAAGAGAAGACGUCCUCUUGGGUGAAUUCACAAGUGCUCGACCCUCCAGAAGCUCCUCCAAUUGUACCAACAGUUCUGGAUAUGGCUCCUAGCAAUGAAAAUGGGCCUUCACUUUCGUCCGAUGAGGAGGCGAGGCGCAGAAUACGUCGACAGGCUCGUCGUCGUUCCAAGUAUCCUGAUAUGGCUGAUGAAGAGGUUGAAGAAAUGCGCCCUAGACGGCGGGACUCUCGACGAGUUCGCGAAGGAGCGAAGAGUAGCUCUGGAGAUGGUGAUUUAGAACGAGAAAACGGCAUGCGUCGACGCGAGAGCGCAUAUGAGCCACCAACUCGUGCACCAAGCACGAAGAGGACAAGUUGGUUCAAGAAGUUGACGAGUCUCUGA